AAGGAGAAGAUGAAGGAGCUGUCGGUGCUGUCACUUAUCUGCUCCUGCUUCUACUCACAGCCGCACCCCAACACCAUCUACCAGUACGAGGACAUGGAGGUGAAGCAGCUGGACAAAAGGGCCUCUGGUCAGAGCUUUGAGGUCAUCCUCAAGUCCCCUUCUGACCUGUCCCCGGAAAGCCCUGUGCUCUCCUCUCCCCCCAAGAGGAAGGACACCUCGCUGGAGGAGCUGCAGAAGCGGCUGGAGGCAGCUGAGGAGCGGAGGAAGACGCAGGAGGCGCAGGUGCUGAAGCAGCUGGCGGAGCGGCGCGAGCACGAGCGCGAGGUGCUGCACAAGGCGUUGGAAGAGAACAACAACUUCAGCCGCCUGGCGGAGGAGAAGCUCAACUACAAGAUGGAGCUCAGCAAGGAGAUCCGCGAGGCGCACCUGGCGGCGCUGCGCGAGCGGCUGCGGGAGAAGGAGCUGCACGCGGCCGAGGUGCGCAAGAACAAGGAGCAGCGAGAGGAGAUGUCCGGCUAGGGACUUUGGACACCAGCGCCUGGAUCCUGAGAUGAGACAAGGACACAUUCGGUUUUAGUUUUGUUUUGUUCAGCUUUGUCUAGACGCGACUUUUGUUCCUGCUCCCUCCCUUUCCUCCUGCACUCCAGCUUCAUGCUUCUCUUUCUGCACUCUGAGCUGUCCAGUCCUUGUGGCCAGUAGGUGACCACAGGCUCUCCCUGGAGGAGCCACCAGGGCAUGGCACAUGGUCCCUCAGUUCAGGCACCAGGCCAGGCAGUGGUGGGGUCCCCUCUUGGCGGCCUGCUUGGCAAUGUGGUGGUGACCUCAAUAAAUCCAGUGAUGGUGGCAGGAACAUGUGAGUCCUAAUGCUGGGUUGUCCUCUGAAGCAACACCACCUGCGUGUUCUCCUGUGCAAGAGGGCUUGGCACAUGGGAGAGGGCAGAGGAAGAAAGUGUUGGAUGGAGAAGGACCUCUGUGCAGUAUGGGGCCAGGUCACCCUGUCAUUGUAGCUGGCCUUGGGAGCUGUGUGUGCAGUGGAGCUUUUUUGGAAUUGGUGGGUGGGGCUGCAGCACCCUUUAAUGUGGUUGCACAGGGGUCCUCUGAGACCACCUGGCCUGUGGUGGACACCCUGGGCUGUCCUGGGAGCCUGCAGUCGUUGCCCGUGGCUGGAGUGGGGGUAGGGUAGGAUGUGGCCUGGCUUGAGUCUUCAGGGAAGUGGGCAUUCUGCGCCAGGGACCCGUGAGUAGGCUGCCGAGGCCUAGAGGGUUGUGGGCAGUGUGACAUCUCCGGCUAGCCCCACCCACUCAGAAGUGCCCUCCUCCCAAGAGCCUGGGGCCAGCACCUGGGGAAAACCCGCUUCCACCAUCCGCCAUGCCCCCCACUGCCUCCUUGGAGGACCCUGUCCUUCAAGUCCUUUGAGUCUUGGCCCCUUCCUGUGCCCUCUGCUCUGGUAGAAAGAUGCUCCCACAAUGCUCCUGGCUGUGGUGCUUUCAGGGUCACCUCCAGACAGGUGUGGCCAGGUGUGAGUGAGUGGCAGCCACAAGUGCCCCUCAGGAAGCCCCAAGCAGACAGCAGGAGGGGCAGAGGACCAGCUGCCUGCAGAUUCGGAGGGGGGGUGCAGGGGACAGGGUUCCCAAGACACCUCCCUGCCUGGUGCAUCCUUGGCAUUCCUGGCCGGUGGCCCCUCUGGCUGGCCUGCAGGUUGGAGGCCUGGCUCUAGGCCUCUCCUGCCAGGACCCUCCUGGACUCAGUUCCUUCCCCUCCCUCAGCCUGGAUCUCCAGAUCCCCCAGCGCUGGCCUUUGAGGACUAACACCUGCCUGGAUGUGGCAGAUGUCCGAUCUUUGUGCCACUGCAGCAUCCUCCCCUUCUCCAUGGAAGCCCCACCCCACAGCGGGGUACUGGGGGCAGGGUCCCUGCUGACCGUCCUCUUGGUGGAAAGCAUGAGGGAACAGAGUACAAGGACCCAGAGCCAGCGCCUCAGAAACCAGGUGGUUGCAGCCCCCAGUGCCCUCGGCUUCCAUCCUACAGAAACCUACAGGGGGUACUGCUGGUGGUCUCCCCAGGCCAACCCAGAGAGAACAGGUGGCCCGCGGUUGCUGAUCCCCUGCAGUGGGCUAAGGGAAAGUAGGGACCCAUGCCCCCUCCCCGUCCCCACUGAGCUAGCCUCCGAGGGAGCCGACGAGCCAGGACUGGAACCCAGUGGUGCUCACUGCAGCUUUGUGGGACUCAGAAAGGGAAGCGGAAAGGGAACUGAGGGUUGGACUUCUUUAGUGGCUGCAGCUCUCUUGUAGUGGAAGCCUAGUGUAAUAUGCACCCAUCUCAUCCACGUAGUGAAAGUGAACUGAAAAAUUAAACCAACUGAAGGAUUAAAGAAAAAAAACUGUGUUUAAGAAAUGGCUGAACUGUCCCCAUAUGUGUCCUGCACCCGUGGGGUUGGAUGGGGCUUUGAGGCCCCUGCCUGUGUGUGUGUGAGUGCUGCUUGUAACUGCACUGAAGCGUGUUUAUCACUACAAUUAUGAAUAGUUCUUUUUUGUUGUU